AUGGCGCGGUUUGCUCAAGGGCCGCCCGCACAUCUUUGGAUCGCAGUCUUGCUAUCAUUGACUUAUUCAUGCUUCACCUGGUUCCUUCGAAUCUAUGCGAGAGUUGGCUAUUAUGGAAUAGAUGAUGUUGCUAUCACCAUUGCGCAUGUCACAGCGCUCGCACAGUGGGCCUGCUUGAUUGUAGGACUCAACGAUGCUUUAGGGAUGUCAGAGGACGUGAUCGGUCCCGAGCACCUGACAAGUAUGUCACGAGUGAGUCCCCGAACCCAUCUUGCCAAACAGAAGCUCCUCUCACACGAGUAUAGGNCAGUCGUUGCCAGCCAAAUAUUCUUCCUUCUCACAAUGGGACUGACGAGCCUUUCCCUAACUCUGCUCAUGAGGAGGAUAUUUUCCACAAACACAAAACACAAAGUUGGAUCUUAUAUCCUGCUAGGCGUCAUAUCAGCAUGGCUUGUCCUGGCAGUUGCUGCUGUCAAAUCAAAUUGUCCGUCAACACACAUACUCGAAGGGCAGGAACACACAUGUCCAAACGAUGUAAGCUUGUUCAACAGCAUAGAGUCAUUCCUGCUAAUCAGCGCAGNNAUAUCUCGAUGGAGAGCCAUCCUUGCAAUUACUAUUUGCAUCGAAGCUGCCGUAACGGGCUUGCCGAUCUAUCUUGUCAGCCAUCUUCGGAUCAAAGUGAGCAAGAAGAUGCUCGUUGUGUCUGCCUUUGCAUAUCGAUUACCGUACGGAAUCAAUUACCUUCGAUCUAUUUCGAUUGCUGACAUGAGUUAA